AGAGUUAAACGUCCAUGUUCAUCCUAUAGCUAUAUUGUCACAGUGAGAUAAGCUCUUUAUCUACCUAAGCAACGAAUAAGAUCAGCCGAAUCAGUAACAGUACACUUCCCCUAGUACUCUGGUACUGAACACACUACUCGCUAAUAAACAAUGUAGCACUCUCAACAGUAUGGUCCUCUUUCAUUAACCCGUUUGAUGCUACCUUCACCUACUAUCUAUUUGUUACAUCUUAAUCACCCGAGCCGCCUCCUGAUUGGCCAAUUUCUGUCUCUAUCCCCCCUCACAGCCAAUCACAGACGAGCAAUGUUUUUCUCAGAAGCUCUGCAAUAAAAAGGACCUGAAUAAAGAAUAGGAAAAAAAGCCGUUCGGGCCCGAGAAGGACAAGGGGAAGGUUGCGGCACCGGGGACUGAAUACCCGAAAACAACAACAAGGUGCCGCCCCGGGACCCGGACUGAUUAAGACAGAACAUAGUAACCAAGAGCUGACAUCACCUGGAACAUCUGUAAGGUUGACGUUCAUAAAUAAGCAAGAAGGUCCUGCUUGAAACAAUGGCUCCGACUUUGGCAACAGCGCAUAGGCGCCGCUGGUGGAUGGCGUGCACAGCUGUAGUAGAGAAUCUCUUUUUCUCUGCUGUACUUCUGGGAUGGGGGUCCCUUCUUAUUAUGCUAAAAUCUGAGGGCUUCUACUCCUACUUAUGUCACUACCCAGAAAACAUAACUUCAGAAAACCUCCCUAACAGCUCCUUGUUUGAGAAUGAGACAGACAAAGAACAAAUAACAGAAAUGAAUGGCUGGCUAGUGUGUAAGGAACAGGACGAGAUGCUAAACUUAGCUUUUACAGUGGGAUCUUUUCUACUCAGCGCUAUCUCGUUACCGCUCGGAAUUAUCAUGGAUAAAUAUGGACCCCGUAAACUCAGGCUUAGUGGAAGUGCCAGCUUUGGCGUUUCUUGUUUGUUGAUUGCUUAUGGAGCAAGUAACCCUAACUCUCUGUCUGUACUUAUCUUUGUUGCUUUAUGUCUAAAUGGUUUCGGUGGAAUGUGUAUGACUUUCACAUCACUAACCCUGCCCAACAUGUUCGGGGAUCUGCGCUCUACUUUCAUUGCUCUGAUGAUCGGAUCAUAUGCUUCCUCUGCCGUCACCUUCCCUUUCAUCAAGGUAAUAUAUGAUCUUGGGGUGACAUUUAUCAGCAUCUUGAUAGUCUGGGCCGCCUGUGCCAUCCUUGUUUUUUUGAACUGCUUCUUCAAUUGGCCGCUAGAACCUUUCCCAGGCCCAGAAGACAUGGACUAUACAGUAAAAAUUAAGUUCAGUUGGCUGGGAUUUGACCACAAAAUCACUGGGAAGCAGUUCUACAAGCAAGUGACCACAGUAGGGAGGAGGCUCAGUGUAGGAGGAUCCAUGAAGAAUCCUAAAGAGCUUUCUGCCUUGCAAGAAGGAAACAAAUUGUGUCUGUCAACUGUAGACCUGGAAGUGAAAUGCGAGGCGGAUAAUACAGCAACUCCAUCCUUCAUGAAGAGUGUAUUCAGUCCCAUCCUGCUGCUGAGCCUCAUCACUAUGUGCGUCACUCAGCUACGGUUAAUCUUCUAUAUGGGCGCCAUGAACAACAUCCUGGAGUUCUUGGUUGAUGGAGAUAUAAAUACUGUUGGCCUUUAUACAUCUAUAUUUGGAGUGUUGCAGCUGCUAUGUCUGCUCACUGCCCCAGUCAUUGGCUACAUUAUGGACUGGAAACUAAAGGAUUGUGACGAUGGCAACGAGGAGGAUGAAAAAGACACUAACCCAGAUGGCAAGAAAAAAAAGAGAAGAGAUCGUCAGAUUCAGAAGAUCACAAAUGCUACCAGGGCUUUUGCCUUUACCAACUUGUUACUUGUGGGAUUCGGAGUCACAUGUCUUGUUAAUAACCUCCCCCUACAGAUACUCUCCUUCAUUUUGCACACAAUAGUCAGAGGUUUUAUUCAUUCUGCUGUGGGAGGCCUCUAUGCUGCUGUAUAUCCUUCAUCACAUUUUGGCAGUUUGACAGGACUGCAGUCUCUUAUUAGUGCUCUUUUUGCACUCCUGCAACAACCUCUUUUCUUGGCUAUGAUGGGACCCUUAAAUGGAGAUCCACUUUGGGUUAAUGUUGGGUUAUUGGGAGUAAGUAUGUUCGGAUUCUGUCUCCCACUCUACCUCAUAUUCUACAAGCGAAGCCUGGAGCGACAAAGGAAACAAAAGCUUGAAGAUUCUAAGCUGUACUUGAAAAUUAAUGGCACUCCUGAUCAUGAAGCCUUUGUGUAGACAAAACAAAAAUGCCAUGUUGUGGAUUGACAUGUAAUGCCUACUAUGUUCCUCACCAUUUGCUGUCUGGGAAGAUUCUGUUCCGGCUUAACAAGUCACUAUUUCAAAACAAAUGUUAACCUCCUUGAAGUUUCAUCCUUGCACCAACCUUUCAUAGUAAAUCAAGCUAACAACAUAUUUCGCUAGCCUACUGUAUGUUGUUACGUAGAGUCUGGAAAAUGGUAGAAUAACCUAAUCAACGUAACAUAUCAAUACCUUUUAAAGGAAAUUGAAAGAUUUCCUGAAAAUUGAGAUAAGCUAAAUCCUAGAAAUUUCAAGUUGUGUGAAUUCUAUCUGAAUACUUAAGACUUGUCCCGGAUCUGGAGAUUUCUCCCCCUGGAGAUACUUAAAAGGGAUGCACUUUGCAACAAAAACCCUUGGAGAUGUGAUUUGACUAUUGUAUGAGCAUGUGGCAGAGCUGGAAAUGAUGUAUUGCAGAGAUCACUAAGCUGAGAUUAAUAGGUGCUCGGCAAGAAUUAUAUUUCUGUUUAUCAUGGCAUUAUCUUAUAAGCAUGGCAAUGCCAUGGUUCUAAAAACCUCUUUCCUCCCAGAAGAGGUGUCAGGUAUUUGCAUUCUGGGUUCUUUAGGGUGACAAAGAAGCCCAUGUUUGAUUAAACCAGGUUUGGACACAAAUCUUCUAUGUAGAAGCAUGGCAGUGAGAUCUGAGUUCCUGGAUGGCCUGUGAUAAAAUGCUUCAAGGACUAUGCCAAAAAGCUAUAUGCGUUUCAUUUGCUACCUGGACACACUGUGUGUUUGGUCCCAUCUCGUGACAGUUGCAUAGCAUUAAUUUUACAGAGAACUUGCACCUUUUCUUGGGAUCUGUUUGCACAUAACUUGCUACUCCUUAAGAGUAGUAAACAUAGUGAAAGAUGAGAUCAGUACAAAAGGGAUAACAUUACAACCUAUAUGUGAAGACUAAGUGAAACCCAGUGAGUUUCCCAUACACUCACCUGGCAGCAGUUAAUUUCUAUAGCAGAGGCUUUGUGUGUUAUUGUGCCAUCAAUACUUCAGGAUAGCAGGACUCCUGAUUCUAAUUCUAAGCAAUACCUGUUUUAUUUGAAACUAUUUGAUAUAAAAGACUAAUAGAGUGUUAUGUUAUGUCCAUUUGUGCAUGGUUUUUUAUAUUGAUGCAUAUCUUUUUUUUAAUAGUUCAAUCUGUUUGGUGGGGGUGCUGAGAAUUAUUGUCACUUUUUUCCUAACCAGAUCAGUAAAAUUAGACAGAAAGUCAUAUUUUCUGCACUGAUUUUUUGCCCAUGGUGUUCUGCAUUCCUCUAUGUUCUAUUUUUAUAUUUUUUUAGUUUUCUGUUUUUGGAGAUGUAUUUCCAUGCUUCUUAAAGAUUUAUUGCCUCAUUAUCUAGUUCUAAAAGUAUACGUGCAGUAUUUUUAAUAUCCCUGCUGCUACAGCACAUUAUCCUUUUUAAACAAACCUUAUGUUUAGGGAUUAAUUUACCUCACUCCAGUGCACUCUGAUUAUACCUGUGAUUUCAUAGCCAUUGGCCAGGUAGGGUGUGGAUGACCUUUUAAGUAGUCACCUGUUUAUCAACCUCAGGAAUUGACUAUUUAAACACAUUAUGUGCAAUUAAAGUCAAAACCUGCACCACAAUACUAACAUCACCCCUUUCUGUGAAAGUGCAGACUGAAAAAGUCUAAAUCAGUCUUUUUUCUAACACUCCUGUCAUAAAGUUAGAUCAUUAUCUAGCUAAAGAAUGGCGUUCUAACAUCUAACAUACAUUUUUCAAAUACAUGUUAACAUUCUGUUUGUAGACAAGCUACGCCCCAAUACUAGGAGACUUUAUAGGUGUGGCCUUGCAAGAAAUGGACUAUAUGUGCGUAUUCGAUACGCCAAUAUGCCAACUUGGGUAUUUAUUAGGGAUCAUGGGUAAAUUUAGCACAAGAGCAAUAUAAAAAAUAAUCUGUCCUUCAGAUACAAGUUGUCGUUGUGAGGAAACACAAUAACUAUGGAAUCCCCACUGCUAGCUGUGCAAUCUUAGUCAAGUCACUGUAUCUAUCAGUGCCUCAGGUGCAAAAAAAAAAGAUUGUAAGCUCUUCUGGGUAAGGUUUUAUUGUGCCUGUACAUUCUACAUACAGUGUUUGCUGGUACUUUUAAAAAUAAAUUCUUUUUACAUCUUA